AAAUGCGCAUUUAAGCAGUGUCCCGUGAACUGUUAACACAAUUUACAACAGUUUUAUACUACAGGUCUAAACUGGUUUAAUAGCAUCAUGGCAACUGCGUGUACAGCCAACAAAGGAUCUGAUCAUGUUAUGGAAUACUGUUGUUCCUCUUGCGAAGAAGACGCAAUUUCUCAGGAAGCGGCUUAUUACUGCAAGCUGUGCUCCAAGUUCUAUUGUUGCCAAUGUGUACAAUUUCAUGGAAAAUUGUUUAAAAAGCAUGAAACGUACGGACGGGACGAACCAGAUCAAUGGCCUGUAUCGAAAGUAACCCAGGAUGUUCUAGAAAAAUGCAGGGAACAUCAAGAUGAACACUUAAAAUUUUACUGCGAGGACCAUCGUUUUAUGUGUUGUAAUUCUUGCGUCGUGUUUAAUCAUAGACAAUGUGCUUCUGUUAUCUCUAUCGAUCAAUCAUAUGAAGAAGAAAUAUCCGACGACUUGCAACAACUUCAAGAAAAGAUUGAAAACAUUCAUGAACAACUGAAGCAGCUACAAAACAAUCAAGAAAGCAGAAUCAUAACUUUGCUUGAAUCAUACAAUGAAAGUUUGCAAAAAAUAAAAAAUGCGAGGUCCACAAUCGAUGCCAUUUUAAAUAUUCUUGAAAAGGACACUGUGCAAAAACUGGAAGAGGUACUUAACAGUUUAAAUACACCUCUUAAAAAGGACAUUGAAAACGCAAAAUGUCUCAGUACAUACUUAAGAGACCUCGGUAAAGCAAUUCAAGAAAUGACGACAAAAGGGAAGAAACUAUCAUUCAUAGCUUAUAAGAAUUGUAAGGUCAACAUACGGAAAUGUGAAAAGUAUAUACACGAUUAUUCUAAUAUUAAGGAAAUAAAAAUUUCUUUUAAAACAAACACAUUGAUUGAGAAUUACUUAUCCCAACGACCAAGCCUUGGCAUGAUUCUUCAUAGUAACCAAGUUGAUGACAACAAAGAAAUCAGUCUUUUAGGCGAGACUAUUUAUUGUGCCAGACCAAAUAAUGGUUUCCCGACUGAAAUCCGAGGAGUGUGUGUCCACAGUGGAUUUUUAAUCAUAACUGAUUAUUACAGCAUGAAUGUAAAGCUAUUAAACAGUGACUACUAUAAUGUGUUAAGUCAAUGUAAACUAGAUUUUCAUCCAUUUGGAAUUUGCCAUUAUAAUCCUAAUAAUUAUGGAUAUGAUCAACAUUUGGUAGCCAUUUCCGGGAAAGGCCGAAUACAGUGUGUAAAAGUAGACAAACAUAAUCUCAGUAUCGAACAAAAUUAUAACUUUCAAAUUGCACAUGAUUGUUGCGGGAUAGCAAUCCAUAGCGACGACAUGUACAUCACAUCAGGCUCAGCGUUGUACCACUACACUCGGCAAGGGACAUCGGUGAAGAAAUUGUAUGAAGCUUAUAUAGUUCAAUAUUGCGCAGUUAACCGAAAAGGCGACAAAAUAUUUGUAACGAAAAAUAGGAGCGAGCUACUCACGCUUUCCAAGGACGGGACUAUUCUCUCCAUCUUCACGGAUCGACUAUUACAAAGCCCGACCGCAGUGCAUGUAACAGAAAAGGGACAAGUGCUAGUAUGUGGGAAAAACAAUAUCAUACAGGUGGACAGUGAAGGGAAGAAAAAGAUAACUGCUCUAGAAAUACCAAGUGUUAUUAAUCCAUUGUCAAUGUGCAGCUUAGGCAAGUGCGUCAUUGUUGGAUCGAUUAACAUUCUUGAACUAACGAUAGAGUAAUUUUGAUUGUAGGUGCUGCACAUAUGAUGUUCUGGUCUAUGGUGGUGAGAAGAUUUACGUUAUCAACUGUACUAAAAACACAGACGAAGAAAAGAAUGCUUCACCAUCACACGGCAUUUGGCUGUGGUCGUAUCGUUCAUUAACCUAGAACGGCAAUAACGUCAUAUAUGCGCUAUGGGCAUAUGACAAAUUGGCUUCAGCUCCCAGUUAUCUCUAUUGCGUUGCAUGCUUUGCAUGCUUCGUUCACAAUCUGUUUCGCCACUCUAUAGAUAUACCUGCUUUGAAAUUAUUUAAUAAUGUUUUGUCAUGAUAACAGCCUUGUUUAUGUUCACACAUAUGUCUUUUAUUUAUCUUUGCAAACAUGUAUAUGUUUUAAUGUAGUUUUCUGUAUUAGAAACAUAAUUCUAAAUUCCUCUCAUAACAUGUUUAAGCAAAAUAUUUUCACCGUGCUGUUCUUUAUGGUCAUAAUGUAUCACAUUUGUCAAUAAAUCUUCAAGAUGGUAAUCUCAUGAAAUUAAAUCAAUUUGGUAAAGACUUUGAAAAAAACUUAAAUAAAUAUAUAAAUAAAAGCGUAAAUAAAAAUAAAGUGUUCAUAUAAUAAUGAUAUGUUAUUUGGACAAAAUUAAUUAACUGGUCAAAAUAUAAAAUUGCCCUAAGCAGAUUCAGUUUAUCAUCGCAUAACAUAGAAAUAGAAAGGGGGCGAUACAAUAAUAUUGAAAAAGAAAAUCGUAAGUGCAAAUUAUGUUAUAUCAAUACUGUAGAAACUGAGUAUCAUUUCUUAGUAGUUUGCCAUAUAUAUACGUUCUUAAGAAGAUUAAAGUCAAAGUACUUCAGAUGGCCAACAAUUUCAAAGUUUUAAAGACUGAUAUCCAUUGAAAAUAAAACUAUACUUAUUAGCCUAGCAAAGUUUAUAUACGAAGCUGCAAAUUUACGACGCCUAUUAGAUACGUAAUUAGUCUUUUAGAACGUAACAACCUUUUAACAGACAGUAUUACAUCUUUUAUUUCACGCAUAACAUAUCUUAACUCAAAUUCAAUUUCUCCAUCCUUAUAAAUGUGAAUAGAAUUAUAAACAAUGCUAGUUUAUUUCUACUCCACUUAAAUUGUUGUUUCAUUUUGCGUUUUUCUUUUUUUCUUUUAAUAACACAUUUUCAACAAUUAUUCAAUGUAAACCGUGAAGGUUUACCAUAAUGGCAAAGCUAUUAAUUAUUUUUGAUAGUUAUAUAAGUUCUACUUUCAGAAAUUUUAUUUUUUUAUAAAUAAAUAUAACCAUCAUUCUCGUAUUGAAAUAAUUUGAUUUUUAAUUAUUUCUUUAACUUGUUGCUGUCUAGUGUUUGCAAUAAAUAAAUGUUCAGUAUUUAUGUAGCUCAUUAUAAUAUACUACAUUAAUUGAGGUUUUGCAUGUUUACAUGCCAUUGUUUGUAAAUAUUUCUAUCAAGUUUUUUAUAUGUAAUACGUAGUUUGUAAAUACAUAUGUAUGUUUGUAAUGAUAUAGCUUAUAUUUACUUUUUAUCAACUUCAAAAUUUAUACAUACAUUACACUUUAACCCUGUGGAUCAUCUAAACUUGUUUCGAUUUCAAAUAGAUGUUCAUAACGAAGGGGUUCAACCAGUAGUCGGCGACACAAUUACAUCAGGAUAUUGUAAAUGUAAAUACACAUGUAUUCCCCGCAACCAUCUAUCCCCUUUUUUUCUAUUUCGCAUAAAUGGUCAUGAUAAAGGGAAUUGUCAAUCGUCUGGGCGUUUUGCCUAUUCGGCCAAAUAAUGGUAUUAAAUAUUAAAUCUUACAUAUGGAAUAUUAAAUAAUAAUAAAUAACGAAAACAGUGAAGCAAAACCGUAAUAGAAGUUCUCAUGUGCAAUAUUUAUAAAACUGUAAAAUCGCUACAGUCGUUUUCUAUAAUUAAUUUCCAAAGUUAUUAUUA